UCUAACUCUGCCUGACAAAAUCUGCAGGUGAAAGGAGUGUACAUACAUUUUUAAAUUGUUGAACUUAUAAUAUCUUGUACAAUGAACAUAUGAGUGAAAUAGGAAACCGUUACAUGUUGUAGUUCUAGGACUUCUUCAUGGUAUUUAGCUGAUCAUAAGCUAUACUACUUAUGUGCCCGCAGAAGUAUUGAUUAUGUCAGUGUGUAAACUCAUCAUAAAACCAAACAGCUGAAUCCUGCCAUUUUUUCCGAAGCCUGAUGCUGCAAACUUGAACUGCAGCUGGCCUAGUAAAGAGAUAAUUGGAUUUUCUAGAUUUAUAAUAGCUAAUAGUAAUAUUGAAGCCUCGAUAUAAAAUAGACUUUGUUUACUUGUUACCUAGUUAGCCAAUUUGUAUUUGAUACUUAAACUUUAAAGGUAGCUGCUAAUCAUUUGUGAAGAGAGGAGUAAAUUGAAGACGAAAGAAGUUCCCGUUGGAAGAUGAGCGUGAAUGACACAUUGUGGCAGUAAUACUAACACCGUAUAUAAAUAUAAUGGCGAACAGUUCGGAAUUGAGCACAGGAAAGAGUGUAUUUGUUUUGGCUGUCGUCAUAGGGUGUUUUGCCGUACUUUGGCCCAAAAUAUUUUAUCCGAUGAUGCAAACCGCUUUUUCAAUAACAAUGACCACAUAUGAUAACGAUGAAGAAAGUUUUGGCGAGAAUAGCCAUUCUCAUAUUGACCCUGAGAUACUUCCUGCUCGAGUCAGAGCAGCAAUGGGAGAAAGUCGUCCAGGAAGUCGACCACAAAUUCAUGAAGGCAGGCCUUUGAUGCACCCUGCUGCAAAACAGGGACCCAAAGUUCAACCUAAAAGUGGUGGAGCCAUGGGCAUCAUAAUGCCUAUUUAUACAUUGUUAAUUGUUGUAUUCUUUUUAUACACUAUAUUCAAGUUUGUAUUUAAAAAGCCUGCUGAUGAGGAAACAUUGAGACAGCCACUAAUCAAAGACUUUCACAUGGAUCAUGAACAUCGUAAGUAUAUCCUUGCUAAGGAAUAUGAUGAGGAGAAAAAAAAAGGAGCCAAGUCGAAGAAUGUGGAAAAUAAAACAAAGAAAAUGUUGCAGGAGUAUGGGAAAACAAAAGUGGAAGAAGAACUAGCAGAAAAAAACUAUGAGAUCAGUCAACUAAGGAAAAGACUAGAAGAAACAGAGGCUGCAAUGGAGAAAAUUAUGAAACACAUGGGGGUCGUCACAGAGCAUCUAGCAGUGGGCAUGGCUUAUUUACCAAACUCAACAGCCAGCACAAGCUCACAGCGGGAACCUGUCAGUCAUAAUGAAGACCUAGAAAAUACAGAUGACCAAAAAAUUGUUCCCACAUCCAUAAAUGAUAGCAGUGCUCAGAAAAUGCAGAAGAUCCACUUGUCUGAACCAGAUAGAGAAGAAGAGAGUCAGACUUCCAGUCCCGAUGUGGACAAUUAUGAACUGGUGUCAGGGACUGUUUCUAUUCCUCCCACCCCAACAUCUAAUUGUACAGUUCAUGUAGACAGAGAGUCAUGUGAAUCAUCCAGUUUUGAAGUAAUUGGACAAGUUAGUGAGAAUAAUGGAAACUUGCUCAAAGACUACACUCCCACCGAUUCAGAAGACAGUGUAAGUAAAGAGUUGGAAUACUUUGAAUUGGAUACUGAGCAGGCUAAUGAACCCAAAGAUGACUGUCUUAAGGUACUUUCCAUGACACCUGGUGCUCAAGAAUUUCCAGAAACUCUCUUGACAUCCAGAGGAAAUCGGAAUUUUCCUAAUAUUUCAGCCUUGGAAAGAGCAGCUAAAAUCAGACGAGAAAACUUGAAUGUUGGUAGUAUUGAAGAGGAAAGUAAUAAUUUGGCAUCUUUAUUAGAUAAUUCUAAAAGUGAUUCUGAACAGUAAUGGAACUAAGCAGUAAUGACACAAACAUCUGAGGUCAUCAAGAUUACUUUCAGAGGUUGAAAACAUGAGAAGGGAAAACAAAGGGAUACUAAAUCUGUUGAAGUGGUUAAGAAACUGGAACUUACAGAAUUAUGAAAACAUAACUUAUAUUUCAGGAUAUUGCAGUUUUGUACUUGUGGUAUUUGUCAUUAAAGAGCCAGAAUAUAUUGAUGAGUUAAUUAAUUUGAUAUUCACUAGUUACCAUACCAAUUUUUCUAGAUAUAGAAAAUGAAAAUCUACCAUUCUGAAGAAAGCUUUCAACAGUCCACACACAGUUAGUGGCAAAUUUUACAUUUUUUGAAUCAUCUAUUUUUAGAUUAAAAAUUCAAUUGUAUUGACCACCUACUACAAAUGUUUUGCAUAAAUUUUAAAGCUGGUUGAAAAUAUUAUUACAGAAGAAUUAAUUGUAUAAGAGAUAGAGUUGAAGUAGAGGUUGAAAUAUAGCUCACUUAAAGGAUUUAAAACAGACAAGUAGAUUGAAUAAAUUGUUUGAUAUUAGCAGGAUUGUAUUGUGGUUUGUUUAUUGUGUGAUGAUUAAGGUCCCAUUGUUAGGUAUUUAAAUCUCAUUAACAUCUGCUACAAUAUGAGAAGUAUUCUUGAAUGUAAAGCCUGUAAAUACCACCUAAACAGCUUUUGUUUUAUGGACUGAUGACAAAUGGAGUUUUAAAUAUUUAAGGUUUUAGUAUACAUCUCACUAAUAUUUCUAAUGUAAAAUGUGUACAAGGAAUGGUCAUUUUGUUUUUUAAAGGUUAUACAUGUAAAUGAUACUCAAAGACUGAAUGCCCACCUUCACUACCUAGCAUAAAUAAUCAUCAGAUUUGUUAUUUUAAAAAGGUUAGUCACAAAAUUGUGUGGAUUACAGUUGCAGACCAUAAUGUGAAUCCUGAUCUGUUAAUUUAAAGGGUUAAAUAAUGAUUAUGAAAAAUGAUGGCUGAUCCUUUUUAAGGUAAAAGUAUAAAACUGUAGUUUUGGUGCUAAAAAACUCAUUUUGAUCAAUAGACAAGUGGGUGGGACCUGUACAAUAAAGGAGAGGGGCAAGGAAGUUGAAAAUUGUUACAGGUCUGGGCAGAUCUCUUUCUAACAAUGGUUAUAAAUCUAGAUAAUGCAUAGAAGGGUGAAUAAUCAGGUUAUAAUAAUGAGCCAUAUUUUUCCAUAAUCUUUUAAGGCAAGCAGAGUGAAAUGGAGUGUACUCAUGUUAAAUUAAAAAAUUAGAUUAACUGCAAUGUUAUAAACUAUCUUAUUUAUGCCCAAUGUUUUGGUGUGAUGGCUUUUUCAAGGUCUUAAGUAACUUUGUGUUCUACAGUUGUUAAUAAUUGGUAUUGACAGAUGUAUUGUAACUUAAAUCUCUGUUGAUGUGGUCAAGGGAAAAUGUGGGACAUAAAUAAAAGUAUUUCUAUAGUUUCAGUUUGCUUUUUAAAAAUUUAUAACGAACUUGAACCAUAUUGCUACAUCAGUGCAAUAUCCAUGGGUGUUUCUUUUGAUUCGUUUCAUGUCAAUUUAAACAGAAAUUAUGUUGAGUAAAUCAGUUUUCCAAAGUAAAGAAAAAGAGGCAACUAUCUAAUUCUCUAAUUUAAAUCAGUAACAAACACAUUUAAUGUAUUAUUUAUUUUUUGGUGUUUUUAGCCAUAGAUGAAGACAUCAUUUCACUGUACAAGAAAGUGAUCGAGUUACCUUGGGGUUUCUUUUGAACUGCUAAUAUGCUUAUUGCACUGUAAUAAAAUAUUGUCCCUUGUGGGUUAAUUGUAAAUAUUAUCUUCAUUGAAUUAUAAGUAUCCCUUUACUAAUUUAUUUCAUUUGUUAAUAAUAAACUAAUUCAUAGUUUGAUCCAAAUUCUGUUAGAGCAGGUAAUUUCAUUGCAGAAGUAUGAAUGGCUUUCAUUUUAUCAUAUUUAUUUUCAUUUCUUAGAUCCCCUUCCCUUACAGCUACACCCACCUUCCAGUAAAAAUGCUUCUACCCUACCAACAUGUUACAGUAAACAAUGAUAUAUAUAUAUAUAUAUAUAUUUAUGCAUGUGUGUUUAUCUAUUUAACUGUUGUCAGUGAACUUUCAAGUAAAUGCUUUCUUUUUAAGUAGUUGCUUAGUGCAAUUAAUGGUCAGUGUGAUUUCAUACAAGUACGCAGGUUGCAGUAACUUAACAUGCAUUGUGAACAUUAGUACAGUUAUAUAAAAAGUGGAAUUAUUUGUAAUGGUCCAUGAUUAUUUUCUCACUCUAUGUAUGCGUGCAAUUUCCAUUAUUAAAUAUUCUUUUGUUUAAUGAAUGCUUUUUUCUUUCUGCCUAUUUGAUAUGUUAUUUAUCCUUUUAAUAGAAGUAUUUUUACUACUUUUAAUACUGAUAUAUUUAAAUAAUUUCAUUGUAUUGUUUUGUUAUAAUCUUUAUGAGCCAUCUUGCAAGUUUAUUUCCAUGUAUAUGUAAUUAAGUCAAAUAACUAAUCAGUACUAUAAAUUUUAUUUCAAACUAUUUAUUUGAUUAAAAACGAACUUAUUCAUUUACAAAUAUUUGUUAACCGUGUAUGGUGUGUUUUUUUUCGUGAUGCAUAUGACUGUUCAUUUAUUUGACAGGCUGUUCUAAACUUAAUGGUGUAUUGUGUAAUAACUAUUUUUUUUCAUAGUUAAAAUGUUUUAGAAUACUUGUUUUUCUAAAUCAUCUUCUCAUGUACGGUAUUAGUUGUUUGAGACGGGUGAAUCUUACGUAUUUCAAGCUUUAAUAUAUAGAUUUUUAUCCAUCUCAUUGCUAUCCAUUUGUGAAUU